CACAGACAGCAGCCGCUACAGGGAAGAUGGAGGAUGGUGUGGCAGCGGCGGAGCGGACCUCCAGCCUGCAGCAACAUCGCUGCUGAAAGCAGUGUGUACUUCAGGAAAAAAAAAACUACUGCUGUCAGCGGACACCUAAUAACAUAAGACUCUUCCCAGCAGCCUUUGCCCUCACCUCACAGAGGAGGAGCCUGCUGAUGACGGACUACUAAAACUCUCUCUGACACAGUUCAAACAACCAGAAUCAGACAGCCAUGAACCCCCAAGAGACAGAGCUUGGCCAGGAGGUUAUGGAGGAGACUGAUGCCCCUCCUCGACAUCGCCACAACAACCACAACAGCCGCUCCCGUAACCACGGCAACCAGGAAAAGCGCUAUAGACGCUGUGAAGCCCCUGCUGGAGGAAGUUCUGGGAUCAGAGCCAGGGUGCCACAGCCACGCCGGCCACAGGAGGAGCAAGACAUGGAGCUGCAGCAUGGAGCUCAGUCUUCACAGCCCCAGCAGCCCCAGCAGCCCCAGCCCAUUCCCCGACCCGCAGUCACACGUUACCGCCGACAGGGGGACAGCGAGGCCCGGAUCAGAGCCCAGCAGCAGAGGCACAGACAGAGGCAGCAGAGAGAGGCAGAGAGAGCGCAACAUUUAGCACAACAACAGGAGAAACAGCAACACGCAGAGAUGACCCAAGAAGAUGAAAGAGAGAGGGACGAUUCAGUGCUCGCCCGUUCAGCGAGCACCGAGAGCGGCUUCCACACCCAUACUGACCGGGCUGAGGGGGACGAUGGUCUGGUGAUGAUGUCUCUGGAGCCUGAGGGGCAACCAGAAGCAGAGGACGAGGCUGGGAACUACGGAGUCCAGCUACGGCCGGAGGCGGAGGGGUACACUGAGAGUGCGGAGGCUGAACAACAACAUCUCCAUUCACAGCCUAUCUAUCCUCCUCAGCCCCCGCCACUGCCACGUGAACCUCUGCCUGAUAUCCAGAAUCCACAGAGACAAGAUGAAGCAGAGGAGAUGCUGAAUGCUGGCUACUCAAACUAUGUCUACACCCAGCCCCUCAGCCACUCUGGAGGAAGGGCCAACAUCUCGACUGGUCAGAGCUUGGAUAGUUUAGAUGCUGUCCUUGCGGAUGAAGCCUACUCUGAGCCAUAUGACAUUUACUCACUCUCAGAGCAUGUUUACGAGGAAAUCUGUGACGCUCCUGCAGCAGUUUCAUCUCCUGCAGAUGGGGCUGAGGACAGAGAGUCUCUUCAACAGAGGAGGGCCGGCUUUCAGCUGUUGGAGGGCCCGGCAGGAGGUGGGGAUUACCAUCAGCAGGAGGCGGUGGGAUCCCGUCUGCGCCACUAUGACGAACGUUCAGAUGGCGAGUCAGACAGCCCAGAGAAGGAGGCAGAGUUUGCUCCAUACCCACGUGCCGACAGCUGUGACCAGGAGGAGGACAUUGACAGCAUCGUGGCUGAGGUCAAAGAAAGCCUAAGCUCUCAGAGUCUUCAUCGUGCUGCGGAAGACACCAUUGAUGAAGAAAAUGAGCUCCAGCAGGGAGAAGAAAUACCCCAACCUGAGUCCCAAAUGGACUCUGAGAAGAACCACAAAGCUGCCAAUCCAGGGAAGCCAGCCAGGAAACAGGCUGUGAGUCCUUCAGAGGAGCUUGUAGCAGUGAGAAACAGUCAGGAGAAGAGGGAUGCCAUAUCCCUGGCCAUCAAGGACAUUAAGGAGGCCAUAGAGGAGGUGAAGACCAGAACAGUGAGAUCUCCAUACACACCUGAUGAGCCCAAGGAGCCCAUCUGGGUAAUGAGGCAGGACCUGAGCCCCACUGUUGAGUGUGACCUACAACCAUCACUGGGGGCUGAUUCACCUGGCUCAGGCUCGCCCUCUCCUCCAGGAGCAGAGUCAUCCAGCAGACAUCUGCUGCAGGAAGACAGCUUUGAAUCUUCUCCCUCUGGUAAAGAGUCCAGGAGAAGCCUUGCGUCUUUCCCCACAUAUGUAGAAGUCCCAGGCCCAUGUGACCCAGAGGACCUGAUAGAUGGGAUCAUCUUUGCAGCCAACUACCUGGGCUCCACCCAGCUGCUGUCGGAUAAGACUCCAUCCAAGAACAUCCGCAUGAUGCAGGCACAGGAGGCUGUCAGCCGCAUCAAGACGGCCCAGAAAUUAGCCCAGAACAGGAAGAAGGCCCCUGAGGGUGAGCCUCAGCCCAUGACAGAGGUGGAUCUCUUCAUCUCCACCCAGAGAAUCAAAGUGCUCAAUGCUGACUCCCAGGAAACCAUGAUGGACCACCCACUCCGGACCAUCUCCUACAUUGCUGACAUUGGCAAUAUUGUGGUUCUGAUGGCCCGGCGCAGGAUGCCUCGACCCGACUCUCAGGAGAAUGUGGAGGCAUCAGACCCAGGUCAAGACAGCAAACGCCAAUACAAGAUGAUAUGCCACGUGUUUGAGUCUGAGGAUGCCCAGUUGAUUGCUCAGUCCAUCGGCCAGGCCUUCAGUGUGGCUUACCAGGAAUUCUUACGGGCCAAUGGCAUUAACCCUGAGGACCUGAGCCAGAAGGAGUACAGUGACCUGCUCAACACUCAGGACAUGUAUAAUGAUGACCUCAUCCACUUCUCCAAGUCUGAGAACUGCAAAGAUGUGUUCAUUGAGAAAGCAAAGGGGGAGAUUCUGGGUGUGGUCAUUGUGGAGAGUGGGUGGGGCUCCAUCCUGCCCACUGUCAUCAUUGCCAACAUGAUGCAUGCUGGGCCGGCUGAGAGGUCUGGCAGACUGAACAUAGGAGACCAGAUCAUGUCCAUUAAUGGGACCAGUCUGGUGGGACUGCCACUGUCCACCUGCCAGAGCAUCAUCAAGGGUCUGAAGAACCAGUCUGGGAUCAAGUUGAACAUUGUCAGAUGUCCCCCAGUGACCACUGUACUCAUCAGACGGCCAGACCUCCGCUACCAGCUGGGCUUCAGCGUCCAGAAUGGCAUUAUCUGUAGCCUUAUGCGUGGGGGCAUCGCUGAAAGGGGCGGGGUCAGAGUGGGUCACCGCAUAAUCGAAAUCAACAGUCAGAGCGUGGUGGCCACACCCCAUGAAAAAAUUGUCCACAUCCUGUCCAACGCUGUGGGAGAGAUCCACAUGAAGACGAUGCCUGCAGCCAUGUACCGCCUGCUGACUGCCCAGGAGCAGCCUGUUUACAUUUAACAAGACAAAGCCCUGACCUCACACACCCUUUAAACGUCCUGCAAUCACUUGUCACUUCCCAAGCCGACCCCCUCUGCCCAGCCCUGUGCUCAUCCUGUCCCUUCUGUUCACUGUUGAUGGACAAGAGUGCGAUGUUAGUAGGAUUGUUCUGUUGCUCAGCCUUCAAGAGACAACAAUAUAGAAACCCAUCUGUAGUCUUUAAAAGAUUUGUGUUCUUACUUAGGCUAAAUGUGCAAUUGGUGAAAGGAUGUUUACACCUGAAGCAUUUUCAGCGCCUUGUUGUGCCCCAGAAUCCUAAAAUCUUCUUCCUGGUUCACUGUUGAUAUUCUGAAACUCAACACAAUUCACACUUUAUUACUUGGGAGCAGAUAACAAUUCCUCUGUGUAUCUUUAAUGUUCACUUUAGGCAACUAAAACAGUUUGGUGACAGUUUUGCUCAUUGUUAAAUAUAAAAAUGAAAACUUAUCACCCAGUAGAAACCAUAUUUUUAACAAGCGGUAACUGAACCCUGAUUGUAGACUUUAAGGCAAUCUGCACAUCCAACCCUAACCUUUACACAGUGACUGUACCUCCUGCCAUGCUGCUAUUUCACUGGCAGAACACUGCUUGUGUCUUGUUAUAGUUCUUCCACCUUCAGUGAUAUAUCAUUUAUUUCUGUUUUUUGGGCAUUUUACACUCAUGUUGUAGCUACAUUUCGUAGGACCAGGCCUACUUUCGCUUUCCCUCCUGUAAUCCACUCCAAAUACUGUACGUUGGUGUUCUUUGCACAACACAGAGCUCCCCACAGUGGGAGAAUGUGAAUCUUGCUGACAAAUGAGUGUGCAAACACUCACUCCCCCUCGUCACAUUCCACGUUUGUAGAAGAGUUGACGCUGCAGCUCCAUUUUGCACUCCUCAUUUCCAACAGGAAAGCUUUCCAAUUCAGCUGUAGUCAGUUGUUAUAGUAGUUGUAUUUCCAUCCCAUUUGUUUCAUAUGUGUAUCCUGUGUACAUGGCACCAGCAGUAGCUCCAGUCAGCAUGUAAUAAUAGCCAUUAAACUAAUCCCUCUCUUACACCACAGACAGUUGUUCAUGAAGCUGACUCACAGGGAAAUCUGUUACACCACAGAGCAUGUUUGACAUAAUUUUAGAAUUUACAUUUACCAACAAACACCACCUGAACCCAGACACAUCCUUUAAUAAACCAUUAAUGUUACAGUAAAAUGAAUCUGUUAAUAUAUUUUCAGUGAUCACCAAAGACAUCCCAUCACCCUUUUACAUGUAGCAUCCUUUAAUAACCAAAUUUGUGAGUGAGUGACAAUUGUUGAAUUUUAUUAUGUUUAAUGUGACAUUUUUGGAGUUUUUAAUGUCCUUAUAAAUGUGAUGAAUGAUAAUAAUUCAUUUAAGAAAAAAUGGGAAGUUGGGAACUUUACAUAUAUUGGAAAUACAUGAUCAGGAUUAUUAGAUUAUUUAGAGUUAUGAAGGUGAAAGCUAUAACCCAGCAGGCUACGGUGAAGUUUAGUUUUAACCCAACUGAAAUACAACACGUGUUGUAUUCUGAGGUUACUGAAGUGUAGUCAGUCAGAGGGAAUACAUGUUGCUGACUGGGUGUAUUCCACUCUAACGCCACUCUGUCUUCAAAUCAUGUCCACCAAACAUUCGUUUUUCUGUUCCUGCAAUGCAAACUGUUCAACUCUCAUCAAAAGUGCAAUGGCUUCUUGUGUUUAUUUUGUCAACAACUUGAAACAUGAUUCUUUUAGUUUUUUCUUAUUUUAUUAUUUCAGGGUAAUUUGAUAUUUUUUAUUGUGUGUUUAUACACAAAAUAUCACUGUACAGUAGCUUGUUUUCAAACUUGAAUGGUGCUUAUAAGAGAUUGGUCCAGGGAUGACGUGUAUUUGUAAGCCAGCGCAGAAGUAAGCAUCACCUUGUUUCCUUGACUAAAAGCUAAUGGGUUUCUUUUCAACUGGAUUGAAAUGCAGAAAAAAGGUCUUUCACAAGCAAAAGUUUGAUACUUGCACGUUUUGUUCAGCAAUAUAAUCUUUACAAAUGAAUACUACUUUUAUGAUUUUUGAAGCAUAAAUGCAUUCCCUAAGGGGUAAAAAGCCAACGUCAGGCUACAAACAACUACACCCCCCUCACAUGACUUAAUAUCGCCACCACAACAUGGCUGUAAAAACUUAUUUGCCGUGAUGGUGUUCUGUAGUCUCAUUUAGCCAGUUGUUAACAGCCACUUUAGUAGGGAUGCACAAUAUUGGAUUUUUUACCAAUAUCCGAUAUGUCAAUAUAAAACAAUUUAAUUGGCCAAUAAUUGAUACAGAUAUCGAUAAAUUCCCUUUUCCCCACCUAAUUUUAGUGAUCAUAAAGUCUCUUAUGUAGCGGAAUUAACAUAAUAUUAUGCAUGCCUGCUCUUAUCAUGAUGGCCCACCCACAGAUAGAAGUGGCAUAAGGAAGUCAUUGCGGGCCCCAGAGCAUGUUACUUUGACUUUUGAUUUUGUGUCUCAACUAGCUACCAUAUAUCGUAGCAUCUCAUCACAUCAAAUAAAGACUUAACAUUGGCCAGCAACAACAUAUGUUUCACCCAUUAGUCAUCUUUGCAUCAUCUGUACAUGACAAAAAUACCAAAGAAAUGAUUUAUUUAAUUGAAUAGUGUUUUUUUGUAGUUUAUGUAUAGUUUUUAUAGUUUGUGUAGAAUUAGCAUAUAAUUUUGCUAUAGACUGCCACUGAUUUGGCCGUCUUGGCCUUUUUGUGGGCAUAAAUGGCAAAUAGCACUAUUUUUAGUUUAACAGAACUUCACAGUUGUAUUUUUAAAUUUUUAAAGGCGCAGUCUGAAUCACUCUCUAUGGGUGCCCCCCACCCCACGGGCCCCGGUGCAACCGCAACCGCACUGCUCACUCUCUAUAUUUAUGCCCCUGGAUGGAGACAUGAAAUACAAUUCUUUUCAAGUAUGUAAUAUUCAUUGUGCAAAGUAAGAAAAAGCAUGUUGGCCGAUUCUAAUAGGCCAUUUUAAAGCCGAUAUUGGCCAAUACCAGUGACGUACCGAAAUUAUCAGCAUGUUGGCAGAUUCUAACAGUUUAUUUUAAAGACCUUGUCAGUCCAAUAUGAUGACAUACGAUGAAUUUUAUGUGGUAGAACAAAAUGUGAAGGUCUCUUCAGCUUGUGUUAACCACAAACCUUAUUUCAGGCAUCUGACCAAAAAUCCAUCUAAAAAAUCUGUUUCAAGACAAGGGAGCUGGGAGUGCUAAGAUGCUAACUUAAUUCCAGGUUUUUGGUCUCAUUCCUGCACCACCCUAUAAGACUGGAUAUACAAUGAUAAUGUGACUGUACCCUUAAAUGACUGUACUGGUAUUUCAUAUUUUAUCCCUUUUACUAUUAAGCACUUCAAUAGUUUGCAUUUCUGCAGGCAACUUCCAUCUUCUAAAAAAUCAGCUUGCAAAAACUUGGGUUGGAAAAUCAUUCCCAGUGAGCACUGUUGUUGUCAAGGUUUCCAGUCUCUACAAGCUGAUUGGGAAAUCAGUGGCUGGCUCUAAAAACUAAAAACGGUUUUGCUGUGGAAAAUGGGCAACAGGCAUGUUAGAGAGCAAUGGGCUAAAACAUGAAAACACUGGCAUGGACUUUUCAAAAUGCUGGAUAUUUUUAUUAUCUGCUGGUUUGAACUGAAGGUAUUUUAAACAGUUAAAGUGCUGGGAUCACAUGAGACAAACAUGAACUCAAAAACAGUAAAGUUUUUUCCUGCUUUGAUAUAAAACAUGUUAAAGCUAUUAAAGUGAAUGUUUUAAUGUGCACUUUUGACGAUGUAUGCUACAGCUAAGACAGACGUAAGCACAUUUUAAACUGAUUUACUUUUAAUUGAAGUUGUCUACAUAGUUUUUCAUGUACCACUAGGUCAGUUGUGUAUACUGAGUAAGAUGCCACACUUACAAAUAGAAGGUUUAAAAAAAAAAAAAAAAAGGGAAAAAAAACAUUAAAUUUAACGUUGUUAAAUGUUGCCUUUCAAUCAACAAACUGAUUGCCAUUGACUUAGUGUUCAUGUGGACCAGGUUCUGUAUCUGUAUUAUAAUCACAGUAUAUUUAGGCUCUAAGGAUUACAUGUCUGAUCUGAAGAUUUUAGAUGAUUUUUUUUUUUUUUUUAAAGUUUAAUAUUGAAAUAAGUGGCUCAUGUGUUACUGCAGUCACAUAAAACUGUCUCCAAGCCCUUGCUCUCUUUGUAAAACAUAAGAGAGCUGAUUGGUUCAAUUCAAUAAGGACAUAACUUGUAAGAUAUAAGAAAAUAUCCGUUAAUUUCAUGUUUACUAAAGUAAGUGCAAAAAUAGAUUUGUGAAGCAAUUUUCUUUAUUUGUAAGAUGCAAAACAAACACAAAUCCUGUUUAAUUGAAGAAUCCUGUUUAAUUGAAAGUUCAAAUGGCUGGUGUAAAGUUUAAUUGUGAAACAGUGGAUACAUUUUUUAGCAUAACAGCCCCCACAAAAUGAAUCAUUGCACUAUUGGGAUUUGAUCCAUUCAGCCCAUAACAUUUUAAAAGCCUAGAGGAGCAGCAUUUUAUCCCCAUUCAAAGUACUGCACUUGCUCCAUGGGCCCCAUGAUGUGUAAGAGCUGGGUAUUUUUAUACCUGGAAAGUCAAACUUUUUUUGGCUUCAUGCACCACUGAGCAGCUGUCAAAGGAAUGAACAGGGCGCCCAGCCAACACUGUAUCUAGUUCUCUUUAUACAACUAUGAUCCACAAUGGCCCUAGACAGGGCCACUCAAAUUUUCGCAUCAGCCACUGUAGCUUUCCUGCACACUUAGCACACUGCAGAAGUUUCAGUUGAUUGCAGUCUGCAACCUCACCACUAGAUGGCAUGAAAUCCUACACACUAGCCAUUUUAGCUACUGUCAGUGUAAAAAAAAUAAAUAAAUAACUUAAGCAAGCUUAUUGGUUGAAUUCAAUAAGGACAUAGCUUGUAACAUGUAGAAAAUAUGUUGACUGAAGUGAAAAAAAAGAUUUGUGAAGCAUUUAUUUUAUUUGUAAGAUGCAAAACAAAUGUGAAUCCUGUUUACUGUAAUUUAAGGCUCAAAUUGAUCAUUUCAAGUUUUUUUGCUAAACAGAACUAAUCCCAUGUAUUGUAAAUGUACACUGUCUUUUAAAAAUGUAGCACAUCAACAGAGCUGUUUUUAUGCAUUUUGGACCAGUCAUCACCUACACCACAGAAAAACGUCAGUUAUUUCCCUCUCCUGUCUCCAGUUUUAAAUGGAUGAAGCAGUCACAGAUGGUGGAUGCACAUCACGUCUUAGUGAACUAGAUCAGUAUGAAUAGGAAUGGACUUUACACUUGACUUAAAGUGUGCACAUCUGUAAUGCUUUCUAGUUUUGCUUGCAGUACAACAGUCAAGUCGACAGGGAUUGUAUUGUAGUUGUGAUCAAGGUUAAAAGUGACAACUCUUUAGAAUUAAGAACUUUUUAAAGGCCUCUAAAUUUGGACUUUGUUUCAAUGAUUUUUUUUUUUAUUAUUAUUAUUAUUAAUCUGAGGAGACUGUCUCUUCCAAUGUACUACAACAUUUGAACCCAACACCACCUCCUCUGCAUCUCUGAGAAUGUACCUGGCAACAACCCAACUUUCUUGACUCGACAAACUUUUAGUUCCCUGUUGGACAUUGCCAACAGGACUUGUGUUCUCUUUUUUUUUACAUUUCUCUGAGUUUAAGGCUAAAACAUGUAUCCCACUGUAUACCCCAACUUCAAAACCCACUGCUUAGUCCAUCUGUCUGACCUCAUCGAUGACGCUCAUCUUGGCCUUACUACCAGUACUGGACUUUUUAUGAUGUAAAAACUGAUACUGAAGAGGAAUAGCGGCAACGGCAGCCAUUUUUUGACUUUUACCAUGGGCUUCUCUGAGGCUACGUGAUUAUGCUGUACUGUUCUUACUUCUAGUGUGUGUGUGGUGUGUGAUUACAACCAAUGUACUCCAUGUUCAAACAAAAACCAGCUGGAUAUAUAAAGUACACAUAUAGAUGAAAUAUAUAGAAAACUAUGUAAAGGUAUAUACUUCUGUGUGUUUGGGUUGGCCUAUAGGAAAACUUCAGUCAAUAGAAAGCGAUGUUUUCAUUUGAAUGGAAUGUAGGAAACUGAUUGUGUGAAAUGACACUCAUGUACAGCUAGAGCACAAUAUAAUUUAAGGUGUGUGUGAUAUUUUCCCUCUAUGGUCUGUCAGGGAUUGUAGGCUAGCGUGACACAAUGAAGCUAACCACAGAACAAGCACUUGAAGCUGUUGGCAGGCAGCAGGAUUGGCUAACGAGUAUUUAUAAGUGCACUCAUUUUGAAUGUAACUGAAACGUUAACUCUCAAUGUGUCUACAGAUUUAAAAAAAAAAAAAAAAAAAGCAAACAAGAAAAAUACCAUUUCUGUAAAGCAGCAGCAAUGUUUAUUUAUUUGCUAGCUUUUUUUCUGUGAUGUUCUAGCUAUUGGAGCUACAUUCCUGUACCAGAGCCAGAAUGUUUGUAACAGUAUUUACAACAAUAAAUGACUUGCAGAAGGACUUUGGUUUUAAUUGUGGUUUCUAAAUGAGCCCUGAAGGAACUUGUCUUUGAGGAAUUUUCGCUGUUCAGCAUUCUUUUCUUGCAGAAAAUGUCAUUCCAUAAAGCAACAGAGCAACAAAUUCUGCAUACGUAUGCAGAAUCUGUAGGUGGCGGGACAAGAUUUUUGUAUCGUAAGUUUUCUGGUUUCCAUUUGUUGUCCAAGAAGCAUUGACCAGACACUUUUGAACGACAGAUAGAUGCUAGUGUGGAGAGGCGAAAUCACAGACUGUAUAAAAAAGAUGGAUGGCAUGACAGCUCCCCAAAAGUGAAGCCAAAACCUCAUGAUCACCCCCUGGUGGCUUGCUGCAGUACAGUUAGUAGAUUAGACAUGGGCCAAGCUAAAAACUCUAAAGUACACCUCAAAAACAUUUUUCUCAGAGAUGGUUUCUGUAAUUUUAGGGAGUUCUUAUCAGAUUGCUGUAUGUUCAAUGGUUUGUUUAUCUGAAAAAGUUCGGUUAAGUUUGUUAAUUAGUUAUUUGAUGCUAUAAAAAGGGGGUUAAACGUCAUGAUUGACAGCUCUGUCUGCCAAUCAGUGUGCUCGCCAUCAAUUAUGCUGCUCAUGAAUGGUUGUACAGGUGUUUGGGCAGGACCAACAUGACAGUGGCCGUAUUCGGGAUAUUUUGGCUUCAUUUUUGUACAGCAGGGGUAAGUGGAGACAUGUCGUCCAUCUCUGUAUAGGGUCUAUGGGUGAAAUGCAAUCUCAGAACCCAUCAGCUAGGUCUGACGAUUAGUUUGCUUCAUGUUAGCUUUGUUUAAAUUCAUCUGUAUUCAUAUGCAGAUAUUAUAGAGAUUAAUCAAAAUGGCUGGCGCACAGAAGAGAAAGCCUUUGCUCCUAUAUCUCCUGGCCACACCAGAUCAGCCCUAAAUAUUGGCCCUCAUCCCCAGAGGCUGAUCAUCAUCAGAGAUGACUGAUGGGUUCCAAGAGUAUUUAAUUCAACCCAAUCAGCAGAAGAAAUGUUGGCAUGGUACAUUUCUGCAAACCACAGAUACAGUAUGUUAGAGCUGUCCAUUAGUAUGUGCAGAUAUGGUGAAACUUAACAUUUUAACAAUGCUGUGUUAAUAGUGUGGUUAGGUUUAGGCACAAAAGCCACUUGGUUAUGGUUAAGAAAAUAUCAUGUUUUGCCUUUAAAUACCUGGUUUCCAUGCCUGAAAAGCUGUUGGAAAAACAGCAAUGACUUGCUUAAUCACAACUGGUUUUGCUGUUGGUGUCAAACAGUGAUCUGCAGCUUGGCAGGCUUCUCACCUAGGUGUCACACUAUCCACCACCUCCCAAUGAUAAAGUUAGUUCACGUACUAUGUCACUUUAGAAAUGUUAUGAUAUGUAUGAAACGUACAAAUGUAACAUAUUUGUGGUUUGCAAAAACUUACAAUGCCAACAUUUUCUUCUGGUGACUGAGCUCGCGUUCCCUCAACAGAUCUUGACAAUACACAGUGAUCGGCCCAUGGGAUUAUAUGGUUGUACACUGACAGGAACUCUGAUGUUUUAAAGCAACAAAAAUAUUUAGAAUUUUCUCAUUAGUGUUGGAUUAAUGCAAUCACCAUCAUGUCAAACUUUCCAUUUGCUGUUAAUGACCAAAUGGAGAACCUCAGCAGCAAGAGUGAUGUGGAGGUACUGGGCAGCUACAGAAGAGAGAGAUGUACCAUAUUCAAAUCAAACUGCACCACAAAUAACUGUAUUUGUAGAGUAAACAGAUACAAUAAAAACACCUUUCUGCAAAUACAAUUAUAUUGAGCUACAGACAAUCACACAUCUUAAAUGGAGAAUAUAGCUGUUGUAAUUUGUUUGGUCAUUAAGAGAGUCUGAUUAGUUUUACAUUGUUUUCAUUUACUCUCAUGGUGGUUAAUCUACUGCAUGAGAGUUAUUCUGCUGUUUGCAAAAAUCACACACAGCAAAUGGAUGCCCAGUUCUAGUGACAGCUUGUAGAGAUCUGAGUUUGCAAGAAGGUAAUGAGGAUGUCAUCUGUGAGGCUUUCAUGUAUUAGUAAAUGAGCUAUGAUUGUAAAGGAAAGAGAUAUAAAAGGGAAAAUAAUGAUAAUUAAUCAGGUAUGCAGCAAUGAUUAGUAAUGGCCCUUGUCAACAGUCAGUCAGUGUCAGCACACAUAUGCUACACUUAGCAAACAAACAGCUUGAAGAAUGCUGUCCAUAUCAAAGCCCAAACUAGCACUUAAACAAAAUCCUGCAGAAUUCCCAAAAAGUCCUACAGAGAAAUAUUUUCUGAACCACUUAGAACUCAAAUUACAUUUUGCACAACCAUUGGCUCUGGCUUUUGGCAAGCCAAAACAUGAUAUUUUCCUAACCAUAAUCAAGUUGUUUCAACGUAUCUUCUACAAAACAAUGCACAAAUGUUACGGCACCUGAUUUUCAGAAAUGUAGAAUGCUAUCAUUUAUUCUGGCAAUGUGGUGGAUGAAAAGGCUGGGGUUGUUCUUAGGGCUGUAGCAAUGGUUACACCUAUGGCUACAGCUGCAACUACAGCUGUUUUUCUGGCAAAAGCUAUGAUUCUGGCUACGGCUGUGGUCAUAGCCUUGGUAAUCCUUACAGCCACCACCAUAACCAUAGCUAUAUGGCAUGCAAAAGUUUGGGCACUCCUGGUCAAAACUUUGUGUACGGUGAAUAACUAAGGAAGUAGAUGAACCGAUCUCUCAAAGGCAUGAAGUUAAUGGUGAAACAUCUUUUUCAGCAGUUUAAGCAAGAUCAGUGUGUUAUUUUUUUGUACAAUGUUAGAUUGAAAAAAAAGGAAAGGAGCACCGUGCAAAAGUUUGGGCACCCCAAGACAUUUGAGCUCACAGACAACUUUUAACAAGGUUCCAGACCAUAAUUAGCUUGUUAGGGCUAUGGCUUGUUCACAAUCAUUAGGCAAGCUCAGAUGAAGCAAAUUUCAAAGCUUUAUAAAUACUCUGACUCCUGAAACCUUGUCCCAACAAUCAGCAGCCAUGGGCUCCUCUAAACAGCUGCCUAGCACUCUGAAUACUAAAAUAACUGAUGCCCACAAAGCAGGUGAAGGUUAUAAGGAGAUGUUUUCAGGUAGCUGUUUCGUCAGUGCGUAGUGUAAUCAAGAAUUGGCAGUUAACAGGAACUGUGAGGUCAAGUUGAGGUCUGGAAGACCAAGAAAACUUUCAAAGAAAGCUGCUUGUAGGAUUGCCAGAAAAGCAAAACAAAAGACCUGCACUAAGAUUUAUCAGACUCUGGAGUGGUGGUGCACUGUUCUACUGUGCAGUGACACCUGCACAAAUAUGACCUUCAUGGAAGAGUCAUCAGAAGGAAACCUUUCCUGUGUCCUCACCACAAAUUUCAGUGUCAGAAGUUUGCAAAGGAACAUCUAAACAAGCCUGAUGCUUUUUGGAGACAAGUCCUGUGGACGGGUGAAGUUAAAAUAGAACUUUUGGACACAAUGAGCAAAGGUAUGUUUGGAGAAAAAAGGAUGCAGAAUUUCAUGAAAAGAACACCUGGGAUGGAUCGAUCAUGAUUUGUGCUUGUGUUGCAGCCAGUGACACAGGGAACAUUUCACAGGUGGAGGGAAGAAUGGAUUGACAAAAUGCCAUCAAAUUCUGGAAGCAAACAUCACACCAUCUGUAAAAAAGCUUAAGAUGAAGAGAGGAUGGCUUCAACAACAGGACAAUGAUCCUAAACACAACUCGAAAUCCACAAUGAACUACCUUAAGAGGAGCAAGCUGAAGGUUUGCCAUGGCCCUCACAGUCCCCUGACCUAAACAACAUUAAAAAUCUGUGGAUAGACCUCAAAGAGCAGUGCAUGCAAGAUGGUCCAAGAAUCUCACAGAACUAGAAGCCUUUUGCAAUGAAGAAUGGGUGAAAAUCCCCCAAACAAGAACUGAAAGACUCUUAGCUGGUUACAAAAAGCAUUUAGAAGCUGUGAUACUUGCCAAAGGGGGCACAGUACUGACCGUGCAGGGUGCCCAAACUUCUGCUUCAGGCUCUUUUCCUUUUUUGUUAUUUUGGAACUGUAAAAGAUUAAAUUAAAAGUAAUCUUGCUUAAAACACUGAAGAAAUGUGUCAUCUUUAACAUUAUGCCUUUUGGAGCUCAGGUCAUCUUCUACUUUCUCAACUAUUUACAGUGAACAAAGUUUUGACCAGGGUGUCAAAAUGUUGCAUGCAACUGUACAUACAUUUUAUGGCAACAAUACAAUAACAACACUUACAUUCUGGACCAAAGUCAAUUUGUUGCAUUGGAAGUGCUACAAUUAACUUGCAGAGGUUACAAAAACCUGAAUGGAACUUUCACACUUUGUUGCUGCUACUUACUACCCUGGCAGGUGGACUGGGAACACUUCAUUGAAUGGUCUGUCAUUUUCAAAUAAUUUUCAAGAAACUUACUGAAAAGAUCUUUGUCAUCUGGUACCAAUUAUUGGUAAAACUGUUAACAUUUUAUUUCUAAUUAAUUGCUAGUGUAACUUUUUUUGCUUUUGGGACAGUGCACAGCUGACAGAGGUGGUGCAAGACACACCUACAAAUCUCAAGCAAGCCCCGAGUCACUGGGGUGAAAAUCAAGCAGGCUAAGUCCCUGCUAAAGGUAAAGCAAGACAAGUCAAUUCAUUGCUCAGAUCAAGGUAGUCACAAGUCAAGCCAUAUGAAAUUCUGAUGUUCUGGUCAAACAUUAGCUUUCUAGCUACCUAAGCUUUCCCUCACCCAAUCAUGUUUUAAAACAAACCGUAACCUCUCAAUAUUUAAAAAAAGUCAAGCUCUUUCAAGUUAUGUGUCUAAAUCAGGUCUAAAGUCAUGAAUAUCAAAGUCAAGGCAUGUUGUUUAUCAAAGCAAGACUUGACCGAGACUCGAGUCAAGUCAUGUGACUCCAGUCCAACACUUCUGACAGCAGGUCAACUAAACAUGAAAAAAAUGACAGAUUUUUCUGCAGACAAACAUGAUUCAACAUAGUUUCCAAUAAUUAGUGAAUCAUGAAUGAAUAGUCCAUUCCUAAUUUUUUUAUAGUUAGAACCAAACUUAUUGGGAAGUCAUAUGAAAUUAUGGACUCAUAAAAUAAAGCAUUACUGUUACUGUCAAUAUCUGAAAUAUUUAAGUCAAUGCAUCUCUAUUAAAUAACACCAUGAUACAUGGAAAAGAAUUGCUGUCAUGUAUAGCUGUAUUGAGCUGACUGGAACAAAUGCAAACUUAUUACAGUGGUAAAAUCUCAGUGCAUACAAAACUUGGGAUGCCAGGUACUACAAUAUGUUUCAAUACAAGUUUCCAUAUUUUUUAUAUGUAACAAAUAAGUUGUCACAAAAACAGUAUUAGCAGAGCAAAAAAGUUUGCUUUUGUUUUUUUUUUAAUAACUGCAUUCAUACAUACACAUCUAAACACACACACACACACACACACACACACACACACACACACAUAU